CGCAGCCCUCCCCUACGCCGUGACGUCACCGCCGCCCAGACCCUCCCUCCCAUCGAACGUGACGCUUUGUGCGCAGGGAAAUUUUGUUAAUUUUAAUAAAUCACCACCACCCCUCCCCCCACCCCACCUCGCACCGACGUUUCGAGAUGCUAGCCAAACCCGUGCCACUCGGACGAGCUCGACGUUGCGGCAAUCAACGGCCAUCGCUAACGCCUUCGCCGACCGAGGCCGCUUCUUAGGCCCUCAGGCCUACGGCCUCGCCUGGAUUCUCGCGCCGCCGCCGGUCCCACCGAGGCCCCCGGGGAGGCGCCAGGCGAGCGCCAAGGCCUCUCGGGGCCUAGGCGGGAAUUGAACGGCGACUUUUGAAAUUGAUUUCAACAUCGGAGGGGAUUUGUGUUAAGGCGAGCAGAGUGGACGUGGACUGAAACGGAAACUCAAUGGCGACAAGAAAGGAAUCUGCGUCAGGUGGUGGUUGUGGCUCUCUGGACGGCGUUGUGUUCCGCGUGGGGGAGUCAUUCCGCUCCCCUCCCGUGGUUUCUGCUCCGCUCGGCCUGUCUCUGCCUGACCCGCGCAGCCUCCUAGCACAGAUGCAGUCCUACGACUUCUCUCUGGAGCGUCGCUGCCUCGCAGAGUCCUCCCUCGUCCUCGCUCGCCAGCGGCAACUCGGCAACCAGCGGCAGCAGCGGCAGCAGCAGCAGGCGGCGGCCGUGGCGGCAUCAUCGGCAUCAUCGGCAUCAUCGGCAUCAUCGGCGUCGGCGGCGUCUGGCGAAGAGAAUGGACUCUCGUCCGUCCAUCCGCUGAUCGCGACGCUCCGUCACUGCCACAUCCUCACCCCCACGCCGGCUCUGGACCACGGCACCGGUGGCACCGGUGGCACCGGCACCGGCGUCACCGGCACCACCGGCGUCUCCGCCGGCGGUGUCUCCGGCGCGCCCCGCGACGGCCGCAUCAACCUGGCCGAGUUUGACCGGCAGGAGGACCCCUUCGACAACAUGGAGCUGCAGACGCUGGACGACCGCGCCGAGCUGCGGAUCAUCCUGGCGGGGCGAGACGCCGCCGGCACCGGCGUCUCCGGCACCGGCGGUGUCUCCGACGUCACCGGCGAUGUCUCCGACGUCUCCGGCGACGUCGAUCCGGCGGCGGCCGCCUUCGACCGCCGCCGGGUGGACCCCUUCGACCGCGCGAACCUGCGGACCCUUGAGGACCUCGCCGAGCCGCGGAUCAGCCCGGCGGGACGCGGCUCCGGCGGCGGCUCCGCCGGGGCUGCCGCCGGCGGCUCCGGCGGCGGUCACGGCAGCGACGACGACCGGCGGCGGGCGGCCCCGGCCGCCGCUCACCGUCCGUACGUCCGGCUGACGCGCGACGGAAACGGCGGCGGCGGUGGCGGUGAAGCCACGGCGGCAGCGGCGGCGGCCUCGGCGCUGUGGGCCGUGGGGUCGGCGAACAGCAUCCGCUCACUCUCCUUCCCGACACUCGCCGAUCUGGAGUGCGACGGAGCGGAAGGCGGCGGUGGUGCCGGUGGCGGUGGUGGCGGUGGUGGUGGUGGUGGUGCCGGUGGUGGUGGUGGCGGUGGGACUGUGGCGGUGCCGGCGGGGGAGAAGCUUCCGGGCGUUGCGGCAGCGGCAGAAGAGGAGGAGUCUGAAAUAGUUUGGAGCAGUCAGGUCCCCUCCCCCGCGCCCCCCCCGUCUCCCCCCGCGUGCCCCUCCCCCCCCUACCCGUCCGAGCUGUCGGGAUUGGCCACGGCCAUGGAGGCCAUGGGCUACCCGGGGCACCGCGUGGCAAGGGCGCUGCGUUCCCGUGGCAACGACCAGGACGGCGUAUUUGACUUCCUGUGCUGGUGUCAGAAGCUCUGUGACAAGGGGCACCCCGAGGCUUUGGUUUUCGCGGCGCUAGAUGCCUCACCCAACUCUGAGUCCGAGGUGGAACAUUUCGUUUCGCUUCUCUGCGGUUUCACCGACAUGGGCUUCAGUGUGCUGGAGGUGCAGCGGGCGCUUAAAGCCGUACAGCGCAACACCAACACCAACACCACCACCACCGGCACCACCACCGGCACCGGCACCGGCACCGGCACUCACCACCACCACCAUCACCACGGCGAUCGGGGGGGAGGGGGGGGUGGGGGGCCCCCCCCCUCCCCCGCUGAUCCCUCGCGAGUCCUGGAGGAGUUGGUGCUGAGCUCCUGCCAAGGCGCGGACGGGGGUGGAGCCGGACCGCCGUGAAGGACACGGUGACCCACACGGUGACCCACACGUGCUUGGCUGCAGGGAGCGAGGCUUCGGUAUUUAAGUCCCGCGGCCGAGAACUGCCGGGUUUCAUUCCGGUGUGCGGAGCUUUCAAUAAAGGCAGGCGUUGAUGCAUCUGUGAUUUCAGGAAU